UUACUUUCAGUUAGAUGGACAAUAACAUCAUACAACUCCUAAUUAUCCUCGGAAAAUUUUCAUAUAUACAAGUCAACAGCGCUACAAAAACUCUCAAGCUGUUAAUUUUAUUUGAUUAUUAAAAGGACUGGCAAUGAUCCUUACCACCCCCUGGUCUGUUCAGUAUUCAAUGAUAUUAUGCUGUUUGUUAAACCUCAUGUUUCAGUAAUCAUUGGGGGGGAGUUAGGGUUAAUUACUGCUGUACUUCCUGGUGUCUCGUGGCCAUUGAAAGUUUUGAGCUUUGCGUCGUGAGCGCAGCUGGACGUGCGCAGCUCCGACCAGGCGGUGGCGCUAGCGAGCAGGUCCUGACUGACUUGAGUCAGGCUCACAUGACAUGACAGGCUCGGGUGUCGCUUCCUGAUGUUUGUCUUUGUCUUGUGAUACCACACAUUCGGACGCAGCUGUUGUUGUGGUCCAGACGGACAUGGCUGACGCGGAGAAAGCCCCCCUUCUGUCCGGUGGCGGGGCUGUCGAUGGAGUCGCCUCGGAGGCGGACGGGAGUCCAGAAGCUGCCUCAGCUCCUCCAUUUCAGGACCUGCCUCCCCCUUACUCCCCGGUGGCAGCAGAUGCUUCAUCAUGGGUGAAGUGUGGCGUGUGCCAUUCCCACAUCAAUGUGAACCCUCAGAGCUACCAGCACCUUGUGAAGUGUCCAGCAUGCAACGAGGCAACGCCUCUCAAGAACCCUCCGGCAGGGAAGAAGUACGUACGCUGUCCCUGCAACUGUCUCCUGAUCUGCAAGGCGACAUCCCAGAGAGUAGCCUGCCCCCGUCCCAACUGUAAGCGAAUUAUUGAGCUUGGCGUAAUUGGCUUUGGAAGUGUUGCCAAUGCUCCACUGCAACCCACUGGGUUCAGAGUGAACUGUGGACACUGCUCUCAAGUAUUUGUGUGGACUAACGUGGCAAAUAGGUUCAGAGUGAGGUGUCCACACUGCCGAAAAGUCUCCUGUGUUGGACGCAGGUAUCCAUGGAGACGCUUUCUUUACUUUUUCAUGCUCGGCUUGUUCUUUGCCGGCAUCGUUGGAACGCUAGCGGGUUGCACCUGGCAGGAUGCAAGAGAGAAUGGGGCUAUCUACAUCACCUGGGUGGUGCUCAUUGUCAUGUGCAUAGUUAGUCUUGGCUGGUCUGUUUACUGGGUCCGCAUUAAAAUUAGUGAGCCCAUACAAAAUUACACUUAGCGCUACAGAGAAGUCUGGUAUAGACCAUAUGAGAGACAAACAAUGCCCAUGGUAAAAAGAAGUGUCUUGGUGUCAUCCCUGUGAAAAUGCGCCAGCAGAUCUUUUAAAUUCAGUGUGAUGAUCAUUUGAUUAGAUUGGAAUGAAAAAAUAAAUGCCUUUAAAGCUCAAAGCAGGGCAGAAAACACUUUUCCUGGCUGGUUUUAGCUUCAACUUUAACCUUUAUGGACAUGUAGUAGUUUAUUAGUAUGGUGGAUUAGGGAUUAUGUAAGAUGUGCACUUAAACCCCUUUUUCAAUAAAUGGCUAUUAAGGGAAUCAUUUUAAGGGGGAUUUUUAAUAUUAAUGAAGUGUAGAUAUAACAUUAAAGAAUCCAUGAUUCUGCUACUCCUAAUUUUGCACAUGUCGUUUUUUUUUUUUUUUUUUUUACUAUAAUACUGUACAUUUGAUUUAAUUUGGGGUUUGGUUCUUGAACAUGCAAUUUUCUAAACUAUCUAAAAGAUCCUAGUUUUUAUUUUUAAUAUGUUUCAUUCUUAUGUCUUAACAAUAGUAUGUAAAUUUCUUUAUUUGCUACAUUGUGUUUUUGUCAAUUACAUACAUGAUCUUGUUUUGUAUAAUGAAUAAUUGAACCUUGUAUUGAACACAAAUGAAUAAAAACUACUUUAAGAGUA